UCCGAACGUAACACUAUUUUUUUGUCCGAGCCUAUUAUCACUAUAAAAACGUAACGCUAUGUCUGAAACUAGUACACCUUAUACUCCAGCUUCCACCUCCACUACUGUUGCUGGAAAUGAGACGCUUAUAGAUUUCUUGCGUGGGGAAAAGGACUUAGGUCUUGACGACGAUGACUUAGAAAUAAUUCGCAAAGAAAAAGUUAAUGGCCGUGCCUUCCUCAAGACGAGUAAGGAAGAGUUCCAGGGUUUAGGUUUGGGAUUUGGACCUGCAAAAAAUCUUGCGGACUUCGCCAAGGAGUGUAAGGAGAAAAAGAAGCAAAAAUACGGCAUUAAGAGUAGUAGUAUAACGAGCAUCCCCCAGUUCACACCAGUCCCCCACUCAAUCGAUGAAAAAUCUCCAGAGUUUAAGCUCUGCAUUGAUGACAUUCUUCGUAGGAUAAAAAACAUGGGGCCAGUCGUAGAUAGUAAUGAGGCUAUGCGUUGUGAAUACAUUUCUACAAUCCUUCAUACUGCUGUCAGCAUCCUCGGAGGAUUGGUAAUCUUUCCUCAGAUGAAUGUAUCUGGUGAAGAAAGUUCCGGCCGUGUAGAUUAUGCGAUCAAGAAAAUACUGGAUGAUUUGCUCGAAGAAAUAAUAUGCAUAACCGAAGGAAAGCAAAACCAGCCAGGGAAAGGAGUGGCUCAGAACCUUAUGCAAUGUCGAAGUUCGUGCGAAAUGAACUUAGAUACGCUCAAGAAAAAGCGUACGGCUGUUGAAGCAUUCGAGGAGUAUGAAUAUGUCUAUGGUAUCGUCACAACAGCCACGGACUGGUAUUUCAUUCUACAUAGCACCGAGGCUAUCUAUUGUACGAGCAAGACUGAGUAUCGCAUCUCUCUGACUGAAGACGCACUCAAGGACUCAACCGACUUGCGCAAGAAUGUGAAGAGGAUUUUAGGGGUUAUAGUGGGUUUGUUAAAAGAUAGGGUAUCAGCUAGUGAAGAACCUGCAAAUAAGAAGCGCCGUGUAGAAGAGAUAAUCAAGAAAAAAUAAUUGUAUAGGACACUAGCAUAGACGUCAUGUAUCACGGGCUACGUCCCGAAACUUUGUAUUUAUUUUU